AUGGCGUACCCAGCUCGCAGGGUUAUCGACGGGGCAGAUUAUCCAAUCAUGAGAAUUAUGAUCGAAUCUGGAGAAGAUAUAGGCGUUCUUCCACUUCUUCUACAUAUCAUUCACAAGUUACCCGAAGCUCCUAAACCGAUCACCUUUAGAAGGCUGAAAGAUUUCGCAGGCUUUGCUCGCAAGUAUCAGCUUGCUGAUGCUGUAGAAAAGUUAGUUUCAUUCUGGAUUCGUGCUCUGAUUGGCGAGGACGAAUCCCACGUUACAAAGCCAGGGUUCGAAGGCUGGUUGUUCAUAGCCGAUACUUUCCCAGGUAUCGAUUGUUCGAGUCGGAUAAUUGAGAAGCUUUCACUUAUAUUGUCACGGGAAAUCUGCCAGCGGGAAGGCGUAGAGGGCUUCCAGCGGUGGUCGCAGCCAAUGGACGGUUCUUCUGAAGCCAACAGUAUCACUCAGAUUCAGGAUGAAGACAUACCAUCCUGCAUUUUCGCGCACAUCCUCCAGGAGAGAAAGCGAUACCUGUUUCAUUGGACGCGUCAAGUCACCGCCUUUACGCAAUGCUCCAGCUCCAGCUCCCUGCCACCAGCAAGGGAAACCAAUCACGCUAAAUCAAUGCUGGGGAGGUCUCUUAAAAACCUUGGCUUGGCGGAAAUGUUCCUCUCAAACCCGGUUUCCCCAACUCCGACUUGGCCGGUUUGGAUGUUCGCCGAUCGAGUUCAGCGGAUCACCGCGAAGGCCCACCAAAACGGACUGCAAGAUCUGAAGAACAAUGUCAAGGAUGUCUCUAAUUUUAUGUCAGGAUACAGGAUCCUUGAUAUCCUUGGGCCUCAGUAUGCUAAACUGGUGCGGUGCCGGAAACGAGUUCUAGGUAUUGAUAUAGAACCGGAGGAGGGAAAUAAGAGAAAUAAGUAG